AUGCAUCACUCUUGAAAUAGUCAGGGGGGAACUUUAAACAUGUGACACCCGCCUUACUCCUUCCUCUUCCGGUUCCGGCGAUAGCAGCUUCAACAUGGUGCAGCGCCUGACUUACCGCCGUAGGUUGUCCUACAACACCGCCUCCAACAAAACCAGACUGUCCCGGACGCCCGGUAACCGUAUUGUGUACCUGUACACCAAGAAGGUCGGCAAAGCUCCCAAGUCAGCAUGUGGCAUCUGCCCAGGAAGACUGCGUGGAAUCCGGGCUGUUAGACCUCAGGUUCUGAUGAGGCUCUCCAAGACCAAGAAGCACGUCAGCAGAGCCUACGGAGGCUCCAUGUGCGCAAAGUGUGUGCGUGACAGGAUCAAGCGUGCUUUCCUGAUUGAGGAGCAGAAGAUCGUCGUCAAGGUGCUCAAGGCACAGGCACAGAGCCAGAAAUCUAAGUAAAAUGUGUAUUUGUAUUGCCACAAUAAAAAAAUGACAAACAAAUCCA